AUGGGAGAAUAUAGUGUGAGCGACAUAUCACAAGAACUCGCUAAGCACUUGGAUUUUUCCGAAACUAGCGUAAAAGAAGUUCAAAACAGUGUCGAAAAUGUAACGUACAAAAUGGAAGGAAUUCGACAAUCCUUGGAACAUGUUAAAACAGAUAUGUCCACCCGCUCGGAAUCAGUCUCGAAAGAACUUUAUGAGGCUGCUCAUCAUUUAGAUACUUUAUAUGACAAGAUUGAUGCUUUAGAAUGCUUCAUCAAUAUAGUAAAACAAACAGUUAACGAUGUAACAAACCGUGUAGAAGAAGCCGAAGCAUUCAUUACUAAUCCUAUUAAUCUUGUCUUAGACACUUUAAAGAUAAAUACGGCCAAGUCAAUAGAACCUUCCGAUUUGAAACUCCCUCCAAUGCGAUCACUGAAUAUUUAUCGUACAUCAGAUUAUUUCCCUCCAGAAGCCGAAACUUCUGAACAAUUAUAA